AUGAAAAGAUUGAAAGGUAUUGAUGCUGAGGCAUUCACAAAAAUGAUGUUUCUUGACGGUUGCUUCAUUCUAGAGUUUAUCAGGUGGUUGCUGGGGGUAGAAGAGUACUAUGAUAUAGGGAUGAAUAAUGAGGACAUAGCUAAUGUCAAGCGAGACUUGUUCUUGUUAGAGAACCAACUCCCUUACAUUGUUCUUGAGGAGUUAAUGGGCCAUGAAUUAUAUAUAUGGAAGGGGAGGAUUAAAAAUUUCAUCACUAUGUGUCGAAGACUUCCUCCUGCAGUCAAACCAUGGAUGUCUGGUGCUAGUAAUUAUUUCUCCAGGUCUCCUUAUCAUCUUCUUGACAUGACGAGGACAAGAUUUGUGAAACAAAGUGCUACCCUCCCUUCUCGACGUCGUCAGGUGCGGUAUAUGAUACUCUCAGCUCUUUUACGCGUGGUGUGCCACUGUAUGGGAAUCUGGUUCAGCCCCAAUAAAACAGCCACCCCAAGUGCUACCAGUGAUUGGUACUCUUAUCAUUCAGCCAGGGAGCUCAGGUCUAUGGGAAUCUGGUUCAGACCAAACAAAACAGGUAGUUUUAGCGAUGUCAAGUUUGAGUCUCAACUGUUCAUCAGGGGAGUGCUCACACUUCCUCCAAUACUCAUAGAUGCCUCCACUAAAUCUUUGCUGCUCAACAUGCUGGCGCUCGAAUCAAGCUAUACAAACUUGGAGGACAAGAAGUGUGUCACCUCUUAUAUGUGCUUCAUGGACUCACUUAUUGAUAAUGCUGAGGAUGUGAUGAUCCUAAGGUCCCAGAACGUCAUCGUCAAUUGCUUGGGAACCGACCAAGAUGUAGCAGAUCUAUUUAACGACAUAGCAAUACAUUUGAUACCAGACCCUCAUUUGUAUGCCGAAGCUAAACGUGGAAUUCAAAAGUAUUGCAAUAGCAAGUUCCAGCAAUGGAUGGCAGAAUGUUACAACAACCAUUUCAGAAGUCCUUGGACGCUUCUUGCAUUAUGUGGUGCCAUUUCUGUCAUCUUGCUCACCGCGGCUCAGACUUUUCUGGCAGCAUGGCAUCCCAAAAUUGAAUAG